CUCAACUUAGCAUCUUACGCGGUUUUGUAUUCCCUCCUAUUCCUAUAAAUACCAACUCUCUCUAUACCGCUUCGUCCAAUGCAUGGUUGUGUGAUUUGAACAACUUUCCAUGGCUAUUCACAGAGUUACUAGUAUUGUUUUCUUUCUGUUGUUAGGUAUAGGGAUAUGUUCAGCCGCUAGGGCCCUCUUAACCGUAGAGGAAAGAAUUGUCCAUAGUCUAGGCUCAGAGGUUGUGCCUGACCAUGGCAUUGGUGGUGGCUCAGGCUAUGGAAGUGGAGAAGGUGCCGGUUAUGGGGGUGGAGCUGCAGGGGGUUACGGUGGUGGUGGGGGCUCUGGAGGAGGUGGCGGAAGUGGAGCCGUAGGAGGACAUGGUAGUGGUAGUGGCGCAGGUGGAGGUGCUGGAUAUGGAGGUAGUGGUGGUAGUGGUGGUGGUGGUGGAGGUGGCAGUGGCUAUGGUUCUGGAGGUGGGCAUGGUGCGGGCUAUGGAAGUGGAGGUGGUGCAGGAUACGGUGCUGGAGGGGGACAUGGUGGUGGUUAUGGUGGAGGAGGGGGCAGCGGUGGCGGUGGUGGAUAUGGUACAGGGGGAGGUCAGGGUGGUGGCUAUGGUAAAGGUGAAGGUGCUGGCUAUGGUGCUGGUGGAGGAGAAGGUGGCGGUUAUGGUGGAGGUGGUGGGGGUGGCUACGGCAGUGGAGAAGGAGCUGGUGGAGGUGCAGGGGGACAUGGUGGUGGAUAUGGCAGUGGUGGUGGUGGAGGACAUGGUGGGUACGCCCCAUAAAAUAAAUGCCUCAGGACUCCGUACGUCAUAGUGUGAUAUGCCUUCUUAUUACCAAUAACCAGUAUAGUUUGGCAACGAGGAGGAUAAGUCCAGCGAGUCUGUGUGGCUAAGUGGCAAGCUUAAUGAGAGUUUGUUGAAUAAGAUGUUCGGUUAUUGUAA